AUAUAUAUCUACUACACAGCCACAAACGCGUCGCUUUCAAGCAGCACUACACCAAAUUCCAAUCUCGAGCUCGCCAUGAACGAACACAUAUCGAUGCGCGUCAACUCCGCCCGUCUUUCCGGAAUAAAGGGCAGAACAGUCCGUCUACCCUGCAAAGUACUCCGACUUUCAGAUGACAUCGCCAUCGUCGAAGCGAGUGAUGGUGGCCAGGUAGAGAUACAAAGGAAGAAUGUGGAUGUGACUGCUACCUAUGUCGAGGUUAUUGGAAGUGUGGUAGAUGCGUCCACAAUAAAAGCCAUGGCGACACUUCCGUUGGAUUCAGAAGGCGAGCUAGAUAUGCAACUGGUCAACGACGUGAUUGAGCUCACAUUUGAAUCGAGGUUCGAUAAGCUCUUCCCUCGGUACAAAGAAACAGAAACUAGCAUGCCUACACAUUGAUUAUCUACCAGCAUAUACAAACUUCCUGUUGUAUUUUAGCACACCUCGCAUCACAUAAAUUGAGAAAAGCAUCUGCAUCCAUCGCCCCUAUGCAUUAAGACGGACCGGCUUUGGCCAUCUUCUUGUCAUGUCCCCUUUUCCGAUUGUGGUUCCCUCUGCUAGCUUUGUUCUUAUCUUUCAAUGCUCGCUCUCUCGUAUCACCACCAUCUCCAGACCCUCUGCCGCGCCCUCUUCCUCUCCCUGCCCCGCGCCCACC